GCUUUACCGCCCCCAUUUGUAUAUAUUUCAGGUCAACCAAGCGUAAACAAAAUUAAAAUUCAUUUUAAUUCUUUGUUUGCCAACCCAUUAUUACAUUCAAAGUUUGCGGAAGAAAUCUACAGUAAGCAGAUGCAUUUUCAGAGAUUGUCAUGACAUUUAACACAACAUGUUGAUACUUAGUGGCUGAGAACUGUGACUGACUAUUGUGGCAGUGUUCACUCAUGCGUGAUGUACAUGUUCUAGUGAUCCAGGACGGACCAAUGCAGGCCCUGGGGACCAAGUCAGCUAAGGACCCUUCGUCCUUGAAGUGUGAACAGUGCAGUAAGACUUUUACGAGAUCCUGGCUACUGAAGAAUCAUCAAAGAGUACAUACAGGUGAGCGUCCAUACAAAUGUGCAUUUUGUGACAAAGCAUUUGCCGACAAGAGUAAUUUACGACAACACCAGAAAAUCCAUACAACAACUGAAAAACUAUUCCAAUGUGGAAUAUGUCAGCGUACAUUUGCACAGAGGCGUUACCUCAUGAAACAUGCAACAGAAAUACAUCGGGACGUGUCAAUGAGUUUAUAUGGGUCACCAACAUCAGAACAAAAGGAAAAAGAAGAAGAACCAGUCAGACUUGCAGCAGAGAAGCAGACAACAAAAAUAUCAGCGGCAGCUGUGCAGACGGCAGCAGAGAUACCAAACAAAUCAGCAGAUCAUCAGUAUUUAACGAGGCAGAAAUCUCGCACAAAAACAGUAUCCGAGUCAAAGGAUGAUAAAGAAACCAAAGAGAAAAAAUAUAGUGAACAAGAUCUGAAAGACUUUAUCAAAAGUAACCAGAAGACAAUGGAAAAGAAUGGGUACAUUUUCAUCAAACAAAACUUUGAAUCUUUAGAUACGGAACCAACUUUAACAGAAAUCAGUGAAGUUCCAGUUACUGCCAUAAAGGACGAAGUUGCUUUAAAAACAGAUGGAGAGACUGGUAACCAGAUAUUAAAUGUUAAUGGAAAAAUGGUUUAUCUUCAAAUGGAGAACAAGCUGGUUAAUAAAACACAAGCUUUGUCUCAGAAUUCACAAGUUACAACGCAGAGUACUCAAAACCCAGCACACAGUUGCUACCACUAACAUUCUGAAAGGU